GCAAGGCCGCGGCGCCGUGUAUUUGCGUCGGGGGUGGGGGUGAGCCGGGGCCAGGAGGCAGCGCUCCGCCGCCGCAGUCGCCGCCAGUCCAGCAGCGCCGCGCAGCGCCCACGAGACUCGCACGCUCCACUUCACCGCCACAGAUGAGUAGUUAAAAUUAUACCUUACAUAGCAUGGAUCCUACUCCCAUGUGUAACCUGUGCACUUCAUGAAUGGACACAGCAAGAUACAAUUUUAUAGCACUACCUUGGAUUAACAAAAUUUGCCAUGGAAUACGCAUGCGUUUGCAGCGGUUACAGUACAAAUGUUUACAACGCCAGGGAGAUGUCGGAAGAAGAAUUUCCGGCUGCGCCCGCGGAGCCGGGGCCUGAGCCGGGGUCUGAGCCGGCGUCUGAACCGCCGCCGAUGGAGGGUGGGGAGCAGCCGCCUGCGCCGGAAGGCACGGAGGAAUCCAAGCCCAAGUACCGGCCCAGCAGGGAUCCCGACCGCCCGCUCAAGUUCCGCUACUGGAGCCGCCCCACCAACCUCCAGUACAAGUAUCUCUACGACUACCGCCACAAUUACUACUCCGACGUCAUCGACUAUCUAGACAACAGGUCACGUGGUAUCAAAUCGGAUAUUCCAAGACCACAGACGUGGGCCGAACGUGCUCUGCGUACUUAUACUAACCCAAAGAAGAGUGAAGCUCUUGCUAAGCGCCAGAAGGAUGUUGAACUCCUCAAUAACAUCCGUGCAAGCAACUUUCUGUAUCAGUAUCACACCAAGGACUAUCUGUACAGAAAAUAUCCAGCACUAACACUCUGAAUGUAAACAACAUGUAGGUAUUUCGUUUACAGGAUGCAGUACUAUACAAUAAACAAUUGGAGAUUUAGAUAUAAAAUUGUAAAUAUGCAUAGCAGCUCAUUAUUUUACAAGCACAUAAAGAGUUUGUACCACUAAACAGAAAAUCACAGAACGAAAACAGUAAAUUCUGGAAAAGAAAAUAAGAGAUUUCUUUUGUUUUCAUAUUCACAAGAAUGCCAUUGCAGAGACAUUAUGAAGUAAUACUUUGCUCAAUAAGCUUGACAAAAAGUGUAUUAUAUGUAUUCCUAAUAGCUAUUUAACACUGCCAAAUAUACAUAAGUAUUCUGAGUUCUUUGUUUUCUUCAUGCUUGGUAUUCUAAUAAAGCAAGCUUUUCAAAAGGGAAAGACAAAGAAAUCAUAUUGAAUCUAUUUUCUCAUAUAAAGUGGGAGAAAGAAGAGCACAAAUAAAGGUUUCUUUGUAAGAAGCAAAGAAUCACAUUUUUUCCUUGUGCAGCAUGUUCUUAAAAUAAUCUAAGUACUGCUUUUUAGACACAGCUAAUUUUUGACAGAUAAGUGUAGAUGUCAUAAGGAAAGAUGUAUUUUUGAAAUUUAAAUACUCAAUGACCUGUUUUCUCUGGGGAAGCAGGGUAUUAAUUUUAGUGUGUACAACAAUUAAAAAUAUUGCUAUCUCAUAUUUAAAUACUGCACUUUGGCAAUGUUUUCUGAUUUGAUGCAUUUAGCAGUUAAGCUUAUCAAGUGUAUUAUUGUUGUUAGACUCUCAAUAAAAGACAUUAAUUAUUAAGUUUGACUCUACACUGAGACCAAAUAAUCUGUUUAACCUUGGUAAUCUCUGUAAUCAAAUAAUGCAACAAACUGAAAAUUAACCUGAUGUUCAUGACAAAAACUGUCUACACACAUGGUUAAUAUACUGUUUCUCUUGCACACUAUGUUUCAUGUGGUAGGAUAAAUUGUUCAUAUUUUCCAUCUUAUUAUCUUACUGAAAAAUUUUCAUAUUUAUAUUGCUGUAAAAAUUUUAUGUAGGCCUGUAUUUUCUCAGUGCUUUUCAAACUACAUGAACAUGUCAUAACAUCAAUAUAGCUGUAUUGUUUACAGUUCUCAUGAAAUUCAAAUAAAACUACAAUCAUUUCCAUCAAAA